CUUCUCGGUGAAUAAACGUGGUAGUCAGGACUUGUGGUGAGACUGUUAUCAUGAUACUGCGGUGUUUAUUCGCUGUUUUUUGCUGGUGUGUUGUUGCACGAGUGCGAGGACAAUUGUCUGGUGAGUGCCUAGAGAGAACCGAAUGCCUCAACAUCCAUCCAAAUUUCAGGGAGCCCAUCAAUAAUGUCACAGCCUCGGUGGGACGGGAAGCUAUUCUGUCAUGCAUCGUUCAGGAGCUCGGAGCUUACAAGGUCGCCUGGCUACGGGUCGACACACAGACUAUCCUUACCAUAGCGAAUCACGUGAUAACGAAGAACCACAGGAUUGGGGUUACACACAGUGACCAUCGUACAUGGUUCCUUCACAUUCGUGAGGUCAAGGAGACGGACAGGGGCUGGUACAUGUGUCAGAUUAAUACUGAUCCCAUGAAGAGCCAGAAUGGAUAUCUCGCUGUUGUUGUUCCACCGGAUAUAAUCGACGAUGAAACCAGCGCUGACAUGAUCAUACGUGAGGGCAGUAAUGUCACCCUGAAGUGUUCAGCAACUGGGUCACCACGUCCCAACAUCACCUGGAGGAGGGAGAACAGCAACGGAAUACUUAUCGGAACUGAUAGUAAAGUAACGAGUGUCGAGGGCCAGAAUUUCACCAUCAGCAAGGUGAAUCGUCUGCACAUGGGGUCGUAUUUGUGUAUUGCGUCCAAUGGGGUGCCUCCCACUGUCAGCAAGAGGAUUGCACUCAUCGUUCAUUUUCCACCAAUGAUAACAGUCCAAGAUCAGCUGGUGAGCGCUCGUGUAGGUCAAUCAAAAGUCCUCACAUGCACCUCCGAGGCCUUUCCCAAAUCAAUAAAUUACUGGACAAAGGACAAGACUGAGAUAAUAGCGCAAGACGGCCGGUAUGAACCAGUUUUCGUCGAGGAUGGCUAUACUGUUCACAUGAAUCUCACUAUUCGCUCGGUGACCAAGUCUGAUUUCGGCGCGUACAAGUGUGUAUCGAGAAAUUCACUCGGAGAUACUGAUGGCACAAUCUCACUAUACGAGAAUGAAAAUACGGCGUACGAAACCAGUGAUGAUCUCAAAAAUAAAGGUAAACUGAAGAAAAACUCCAACAACUUACUGGAGGGUAAUCAGAAUAUGCUAAAAGAACAAGACUUGAAACUACGAGGUAGAAAGGAUAACAGCAAUGACGGGGAAGAUUACGAAGAUUCUGGUACGUCAGCGGCAAAGUGCAGUGCUUGUCUGGCAAUCGUAGCAGUUGCAUUGGUACUUUGCUUUCAUCACCAUCUUCAGCUCCAGGCCCUUCAUCCCGCCUGAGUGGAUGAGCCCCCCUCGUUCCCCUCAACCCUUCAGACCCACCGACAAACUGUAUCUCCAUCGCGAAUGAUCUUUAGAAAACACGAGUUACAGGUUUAAAUUGAAACUUUUGAAGAUGAUAUCUAUGAAUUCAAAAUCCACUCUAUUUUCACUGCCAAGAGAAUCUGUUGUAAACUCCAGUCAGAGGCGAGGGAUGCCGAGAAGGGUCUUUCAAAUAAAUUGUAGAACUUUUUCAUUUGAAAGGUAACAUUCAGGUGGAAGGGGACGCGUUGAAAUUUUUCCGGAUUAUUUCGUGAAUAUCUUGAGGAUUAAAAGGUGCAGGAGUUGCAAAAGAGGUUUUUCAAUUUCUUAAUUUAGGUUUUUAUGUAUUUUUAUGGAUUUUCAGAUAUGAACUCAUGUUUUCGAGUUAAAAGUGAGAUAUUCAAGAUUUUGUAAAAAAAUAUUGUUGCUUUAAUUUUUGAAUCAAUGUUUUGAAUUUUUGUUGGACCCGUUUGUGUUCAAGAUAUUCACGAAGUUUGCUCAUUAGUCGCGAUCAUGAUUAAUUUUCGAUACAACAAAUAUAUUAAGACUGACUGGGGGUUGAGUGGAAAUUACAGUUUCUGUGUAAUACAGUUUUAUGGAAGCUUUAAGAUGUGCUACGAUACCCGAAACGUGUAAAUAAGAAAUAUCUCAAAUUCAGUGCGCGCAAAAAUGUGAAAUUCUAUAUGAAAUUUAGGAACAAAACGAGGGGAGUCGAAGUCGAGGGGGCAUUUGCACGAAUUUUUUCGAAUAAUUGGGAUGUUUUGUGAGAAAUUGUGUUCAUGAUGAAGAAUUGAAAAAUACAGAACAUUUAUUGUGGGGAAUUUUUCUGUUGGGGAAAAUUGCCUUCAUAUUUUCGUUCAAUAUUAUUCAUUGAGGAGAUAAUUAGCUGUUUAUAAUAUUCAGAUGUGAAAUGAGAUCCAGAAUCUCUUCUAUUUCGUCAUUUCACUUGUCCACUGAUUAAUUCAAUUAAAGAAUUGAGUAAAGGACGAAAAUAAAAGAACGAAAACAAAUCGUUAGCUUUAAAAGCCCUCAAGAUCGAUUGUUUGAAUGGUGUUCUCCUCUUAACCAAAAGUUCAUUAUUAAUACUCUAUAAAAACUCAGGGGAUUAUGAGAAUAUUUGUGAGGAAGGGCUGGAGUUCUUCGAAAUCCCAUGAAUGAGAAAUUUCCUUGUUGAUGAGGAGUUUCAGAAGAAAAUGUGGAAUAUUUGUUGUGAGAAAUUUAAUCCCUUAAGAACUCAAAGUCUUCACAAAAUCCUCUCCCAAGAUAUUCAUUAAGAAGAUAAUUAUCCAUUCAUAAAAUAAUUUCGAUGAGAAAUUCACUUGUUGAUGAGGAAUUUGAGAAGAAAAUGUGGAACAUUUGUUGUGGAAUGUUAUCCCUUAAGAACUCAAAGUCUUUAUAAAAUCCUCUCCCAAGAUAUUCAUUACAAAAAUAAUUACCCAUUCAUAAAAUGAUUUAAAUACGAAAUCCGAUCAAAAAUCGUUUCUAUUUUAUUGCAUUCAUCGAUUAAACGUCUGACUCAGCGCCUUUUACCAACUUUCACCGAAAACAGAUUAACCAUUGAAGAAAGACGUGCAACUGCCCCCAGAAUGAUUAAUUAAUGUACAGUAGAAAUACAUGAAAACUAAAUUAAUUUAUGUGUCGUCCGUGUGUGAGUGAAUCAAUGUCAUAAAAUACCUCUUAUUUUACAACUAUAAAUUAAUGUACUCUCAUAAUUUAAUGGAUUUAUGUUAAUACCGCCGUUAGAAUCCUCAGUGCCUGGAGAAUGAAUUCGCUAUGGAGUACCACUGUUGAGAAAUCGAGGAAUAAAGUGAUCGGUCAUGCGUGAAUUAUCAAAAUUUGGGGCGAGGGGAGAGCAAUGAGGUUCAAGGGGCUGGUCAGAUUAAGAGAAUUCGCUGCUAGACGUAUCUGGGGGGGCCUUCACGUGCCACUGCAUCUGCUCUGAUACGAUAAAAGAUGGGAGAUAUAAAAAUUGAAUUGUGUUCACUCCCUGACGAAUUCAGGGGCGAAAUUAUUCUCAAUGGUUAGUGUAUUUAUUUUCUCAACCCCCCCUCUUUGUGUCGAGUCAUUUGGGUGCGAUGAGUGGAUGAAUGGGAUGAACUUAAUACGCUUUGUAAAAAUGUAGAUUCGCCGAGACAUUCCAUGCUGAGAGUCACGAUUUUAACGGAUUUUUUAUUCCAGACAGUUUUUGAUUUUUUAUUUGACAAAUUAGAUUGUUUGGAGUUUUUCCUCACUUGCUUUUCAAUGGAAAUGAGAUUUUUAUUUUUGGAUUAAUCGUUUUUACGAAAAUUCAAAAAAUCGUGAUUGAAGUAACGAAAUGGAGACAAUUUUCUUGUUAUUUGCGAAAAAACGUGAGGUUUUUUUUAUUUUUUAUUUUUUUCUUUGGUUUCUGCAGUUGAAAAUGCGAUAUUUUGCAUUUCAUAAGAAGCCAUACUAUUUAUUUAACGUCCAAAGGCAUGAGAAUUAAAAAAUCAUGAAUUAGGUAAUGAAAUAAAUUCAAUUUUUAUCUCUUAUAAACAAAAAAAUAUCCAAAAACGUGGAAAAUUUAUUCUAUUUCGUUACUUCAAUCAACAAAACGAUUAAAAUUGCGAUAACUAGUUGAAAAAUGAGUUCAUGAAUGUGUAAUUGGUUGUAGAGACCAUCUACUGUGCUACUACGCUUAAUUUCUCAGCAUAAUUUUUGUAGCGAUUAAGAGAAACCAUUGGUUUUCGAUGUGCAGUAGAGAACAAGGCUUCUACCCUUAAUUUAUUUAUCUACACAACCGAAAGGAUCAUCAAAUUCAUUGAAAUUUCCCACGGAAAUUCUGCUCGCUCGGUAAUGCCGGUUGUGGGAAAACAGAAAACCUUAUGACCACAGUUUUGCUUGUGUACGAAGAGAUUAUUCAUAAUUAUAUGAUUAUAAAUUCAUACGAAUACACUAUUAUAUUUGUACAACAAGUAAACGUUAAGGUGUAAAUAAAAAUAUGUAUAUUGGAAUCAACAA